GGAAACGUCGUCCACCUCGCUGAAGGGGGAAAAGUAUCAGCAGGAACGUUAACGUUAGUUCUCUGACCUUGACAAGACAUACUAUACAGUCUUUGACAAAAUUGGUUAUUAUGAACCAAUUUCAGAAUUUGAUAAAUGACUGUCUUAUCGAUACAAAACACGUGGAAAGCGCUGUCAUUCUGGUUGCCAAGACUGCAGCAGUAACUGCAGCGUCUGCAAGGUUUCAGGUUCUUCCUACACAAGCCCAGAUUUUCAUAGACUCUUUUAAGCACAUGACAUCGACCAGAGAGCGGGGCUUCUACUUUCAAGACAAAGCAUACACCUGUGUCCGAGCUGACAGGAACUCCAUCUACUGCAAAUGUGGAACACAUGGCUUGAUUCUUGUGAAGACUGCUCUGUACGUUAUAGUGGCCACAUACAACGACAGCAUGUACCCUAGCGUGUGUGUGGAGGCUGUCGAGAAACUAGCUGUGUACCUCAAGGAAAAGGGAAAAUGAAGCAAGACCUGAAGAGGAGCAGCGUUCUGAUGGAUGAAACGGAUGAAGUGGACUGGUCAAGUUAAACAGUUGCCUACAGGUCCAUGUUAGGCCACCUGCUAAGGAGGACAAACAUGUUUAGGAGAAAGUCGGUGUGUGUUUGUUUUCUUUUAUGAACUCGCCCCUGUCCCCUCUCGCAGUAUACAGGUUUAACCACUAGGUGGUAGUAAAAAAAACCAGCUGUGUGGUGCAAGAACAGUUUUUAGUGUUGAGAUCCUCUUAGAACAGGGAUUAUGACCAACCAUGGUCAAUGAGAUGCUGUAGUUCCACCCCUGCUCUAUCACAUCUGAUUCUACUCCUCAGCAAACAGACAUGGUUUUGGGGCUUCGUGGCUAAAGGCCUUUUUAAACUGUCUCUGUUCAUCGCAGACUUUCUGUUCAAACGCUUCAAUUACUCUCCAACCCCCUCUGGUGAUAACAUGAUUAACCUAACUACACACUCGCACUUUACUCGCAUGAACACACACACACACAACCUGAUGUAGCCUUGAUGAGUGUUUCAGAGCUGAAGCUGUGUAAAUGAAUUUCCUCAUGUGAACAAAUAAGGAAAUCUGUAACUGAGUCAAAACAUCAAAGAUCCCCCACCAUAUUUUACAGUAGGGAUGAGGUGUUUUCUGCAUAUGUGUUGUUGUUUCGGAAGGCCAAACCCACCAUCUGACCAUACCACUGCCUGGAGUUUGCUAAUUGGCUUUGACACUUGUAUUGUUGCUAUGGUUAUAUGACAUGAAAAUAGAACUCUGGCCACACUGCAGCAGUGGCUUUGGCCUUCGAAAGAACAACACAUUUUCAGAAAAUACCUCAUCCCUACUGUCAAAUAUUGGGGUGGAUCGUUGAUGUUAUGAGGCUGUUUUACUUCCGCUGGUCCAGGGGCCCUUGUUAAGGUCAACGACAUCAUGAACUUUACCAAGUACCAGGACAUUUUUGCCAAAAACCUGGUUGCCUCUGCCAGGAGGCAGAAACUUGGCCGCAAGUGGAUCUUCCAGCAAGACAACAACCCCAAGCAUAAAAUAAUAAUACAUGUUUCAGCAAUGUAGCUGGCUUUCUGUAUUAUUGAUUUUAUACAGUCUUUUUUUUUCCUCAUCUUUGUCAAGGGAUCCAAUAAUUCCAGACUCCACAGUACAUGCUGCAGAGAGACAAACAAGAAUGCAUGGUAGCACACAGACUUCCUGCACUCUCUGUCACAUGCGGUUAGGGCACCUGUGCUUUUAAAGGAAUGUGACCUUUGUUGUCAAGUUCUGGUUGAAACCUCUAAAAAUGGAAGCAGGGCGGUCACAAAGAAUCAGCCGCCUGUCCAUGUGGUUGCACACACACUCUGACACGUCUCCUGAAUUCCUCAGAGAGGAUUUGUGCUUGUGUCAGCCUGCAUGAUUGGUUAGAGGAAGAGAGACCUUUUUAACAUGGAGAACAACAUCUAUCAAGCACAGAGUCCCACAGUAUGAGUCAUAAAACCCAUAAAACUCUGUGGUCAAAAAAGGAAAUGGUUCCAAUCAUUUUUCCCUCAUUCAUUUUAGAAACACUUAAAAUAAUUGCUGUGUUUUGAUAACCGUGUAAAUCUCUCUAGGACAAGAUUAUUUAUAUCGAUAUAGUCGCCUGAAUCCCCCCCCCCUCCCUCCACCCACUAAUUACUGUAGCAUUUUAGAAUCCGAGUAAAUAGAGCCGAUAUGUCACCCUGUACAGAGAGAGUUACAUCAUCAAAACGUCACGCCAGGGUCAGUCUACACGAAACCCUGCCCUUAUUUCAAGUGUUUCUAAAAUACCCAAUUGGAAAAAUGAAUUGUGCAAAAAAAUCGAUUGGAACCAUUUCCCUGUUUGACUGCUAAGUUGCAUGGGUAUUAUGACACCUCCCCUGUGGGGCUCUAUUAUCAACAGAACUCACAGGAAAACAUCGAUAUUUUGUCAUUUGAAGGCAUAUUAUUUCUUUGUGUUAGCGAAGAAUACUUUUUCACAAGGGAGAAACAGCAGUGAGACAGUGGAUGAAAGGUUACGUAAUGAUCCUACAGUGAGAUUGAGGCGCAGAGGAGGACUAUGGGUAAAUGAGGGGCAGCGGUGCGCACUAACAACUCUAGUGUCCUGCUACGUCUGCAUAGUGACAUCUCUUAAGUGCACUCCAUGACCCACUUAUCAGAGGUGCGCUCCAACUCCAUUGUACGGUACGUGAUGUGACUGAAGUCUCUCACUGGAACUUUAACACAGCGGUGGGAAACACUCCUGGAGAGAUACACAGUUUUCUCCACCCCUGCACCAACAGCAGCUAACCACUCAAUGUCCCGAUGAACAGGGGCACCCCUGUCUGUAACUUGAAGACUGAUGUUAGCGGAUGCCAAGCUUUUAGCUCAGUGGGCUCACACAGUCUUGAGUCAUGCCACCAACUGCCAUGUUCAUUAUAUUUAAUAUCAUCAUUGCUACGGGUUGUUUGUUAAUAUGUGCUGGAGAAAAAGGGAGGUGUGUAUAUUCCCUGAUGUGUGUGUGUGUGUGUGUAUUUUCCUUGACGUGGCCUCUCUCUGCAUGCCAGUCUUGGUUGGUUUGUGUUUUUGGCUCAGAGACAGUCGCUUCAUUAUUUUUUUGAGAUGUGUGUGUACUGUUACAUAAAUGAUGGUCCUACACAGUCAUAAUCUAAUCAUUCCCAUGACUGAGGCAGUAGGAGCAGAGACCCAAUCUACCUUUCCUUCUCCCCUCUUCUAGUCUCUAUAUCCCACUCUUUCACUCUCGUUUUCUGGGAGUUCCUCUCCUAAUCUAGACAUUAAUGAGCAGAUUAGUUCAGGCAGGCAGGCAGGGAUAGGAUAGUCAGAGACACACAAUAACUCUGUUCUCAUGCAGAGGAAUGUCUGUUCUGUUGGCAGGUCAAUAGGUAGGUGAUCGGGGGUUGUGUGGAAGUUGUAUGCUGGUUGUGUUCUCUAAAAGGUUGUGGGAGAGUUGUGUGCGUUUAUUGGUCGAGUCAAAGUUGUGUAGGCCUACAAUUAUGCUGUUGUUCUCUAGGGAAAAGGUUGUCUUUGUGUGUUGUAGGACUAAGGUCGGCAACAAUAAAUGAUUCCGUCAGCAACCUUUUUAUUCAGAGUGAAAGACCUUAUCAUCUAACACUGAACACAUUUGAUUGGCUCAU